UCUCGAGGAGUGGGGACCCGAGGGGAAGGCAGGGUGGGCUCGGGCAUCUCCUCCCCUUUAAGCGGGUGGCCCCGACGCCUCCUCCGUUACCUGGAGCGGGGAGGGGCUUGGGAAAGUUUGUGUUUGUUGCUGGCAAAGCGCCGAGUGGGAGGCGCGGGCGGGCGGACGCCACGGCUCUUCCUUUUUGCUUUCGGGAGGCGGUCGGGCUGUGCCCUGGGAUCGGCGGGGCCGGCUCCGGGGCCCGGCGACUGGCGGAGGGCGGGAGGGGAGGAGGCGGAGGGCCGCGCCGAGCCAGGUGCGCACGUCCGCGCCGGCGCUGGGCUUGCUCGGCCGGCAGGGAGAGCGGAGCAGGCGCGCGGCCCGGCGGAGCAGCCGACUCUGGAGCAGCCGGAGCUGGAGGAGGAGGAGGAGGAGCGGCGGCGGGGAAGGAGGAGGAGGCGGAGAGUCGCUCCCGCCGGCCGAGCAUGGGGCGCCCGGCGCCGAGGCCCCUGCUGCUGGCGCUCCUGUCGCUGGCUGUUUGCCGUGGUCGUGUGGUGAGAGUCCCUGCGGGCAGCCUGGUUCGAGUGGUGGGCACCGAACUGGUGAUCCCCUGUAACGUCAGCGACUACGAUGGCCCCAGCGAGCAAAACUUUGACUGGAGCUUCUCGUCUUCGGGGAGCAGCUUCGUGGAGCUGGCCAGCACCUGGGAAGUGGGCUUCCCAGCCCAGCUGUACCAGGAGCGGCUGCAGCGGGGCGACAUCCUGUUGAGGAGAACCGCCAAUGAUGCCGUGGAGCUGCACAUAAAGAACGUCCAGCCCUCAGACCAGGGCCGCUACAAGUGCUCAACCCCGAGCACGGACGCCACCGUCCAGGGCAACUAUGAGGACACGGUGCAGGUUAAAGUGCUGGCAGAUGCCCUGGUGGUGGGCCCCAGCUCUCGGCCUCCUCCAGGCCUGAGCCUGCGUGAGGGGGAGCCUUUUGAGCUUCGCUGUGUCGCCUCUACCACGUCACCGUUGCACACUCACCUGGCACUUCGGUGGGAGCUACACCGUGGCCCAGUGCACCGCAGCAUCAUAGCCCUAAGCCACGAGGGCAGGUUUCACCCAGGCCCUGGCUAUGAGCAGCGCUACCACAGUGGGGAUGUACGCCUGGACACCGUGGGCAGCGACGCCUACCGCCUCUCUGUGGCCCGGGCGCUCUCUGCAGACCAGGGUUCCUACAGGUGUGUGGUCAGCGAGUGGAUCACAGAGCAAGGCAGCUGGCAAGAAAUCCAGGAAAAAGCUGUGGAAGUGGCUACCGUGGUGAUCCAGCCGACAGCGCUGCAGUUGGCUGUGCCCAGGACAGUGUCUGUGACUGAAGGAAAGGACCUGGACCUUUCUUGCAACAUCACGACAGACCGGGUGGAUGAUGUCCGACCCGAGGUGACAUGGUACUUCAGAAAGACACCCGAUGCCUCCUUGCUUGCCUCCCACAUGCUGGCUCGGCUGGACCGUGACUCCCUGGUACACAGUUCACCACACGUUGCUCUCAGCCAUGUGGAUACCCGCUCCUACCAUCUACUGGUGCGAGAUGCUAGCAAAGAAAACUCUGGGUACUACCUUUGCCUUGUGGCCCUCUGGGCUCCUGGACACAACAGGAGCUGGCACAAGGUGGCAGAGGCCAUGUCUGCUCCGUCUGGUGUAAGCGUGACCUGGCUAGAGCCAGAAUACCAGGUCUACUUGAAUGCGUCUAAGGUCCCUGGAUUUUCAGAUGACCCCACAGAACUGCAAUGCCGGGUGGUGGACAUGAAGCGCGUGGAGACUGGCGUCCGACUUACCGUGUCGUGGUACUACCGAAUGAACCGUCGCAGUGACGAUGUGGUGGCCAGUGAGCUUCUUGCAGUCAUGGAUGGGGACUGGACUCUGAGAUACGGAGAGAGGAGCAAGCAGCGGGCCCAGGGUGGAGAGUUUAUUUUUUCUAAGGAGCACACAGACACGUUCAGUUUCCGGAUCCAAAGGACUACAGAGGAAGACAGGGGCAAUUACUACUGUGUUGUGUCUGCCUGGACCAGGCAGAGAAACAACAGCUGGGUAAAAAGUAAGGACGUCUUCUCCAAGCCGGUCAACAUAUUCUGGGCCUCAGAAGAUUCUGUGCUCGUGGUAAAGGCGCGACAGCCAAAGCCCUUCUUUGCUGCGGGGAAUACAUUUGAGAUGACUUGCAAAGUGUCUUCCAAGAAUAUUAAGUCACCACGCUACUCUGUUCUCAUCACGGCUGAGAAACCUGUUGGGGACCUCUCCAGUCCCAAUGAAACCAAGUACAUCAUCUCCCUGGACCAGGAUUCCGUGGUGAAGCUGGAGAACUGGACCGACGCCUCGCGGGUGGACGGCGUCGUGCUAGAGAAGGUCCAAGAGGAUGAGUUUCGAUACCGAAUGUACCAGACUCAGGUCUCUGAUGCAGGGCUCUACCGCUGCGUGGUGACAGCCUGGUCUCCCAUUGGGGGUAGCUUGUGGCGAGAAGCAGCGACCAGUCUCUCCAAUCCAAUUGAGAUUGACUUCCAAACCUCAGGUCCCGUAUUUAAUGCCUCUGUGCACUCAGACACGCCGUCAGUCACCCGGGGAGAUCUCAUCAAGUUGUUCUGUAUUGUCACUCUGGAAGGAGCGGUGCUGGAUCCAGACGACAUGGCCUUCGAUGUAUCCUGGUUUGCAGUACACUCCUUUGGCUUGGACAAGGAUCCCGUCCUCCUAUCCUCCCUGGACCGGAAGGGAGUCGUGACUACAGGCCAGAGGGACUGGAAGAGUACUCUCAGCCUGGAGCGAGUGAGCGUGCUGGAAUUCCUGCUGCAAGUGCACGGCUCUGAGGACCAGGACUUUGGCAACUACUACUGUUCUGUGACUCCGUGGGUGAGGUCACCGACAGGUUCCUGGCAGAGGGAGGCCGAGAUCCACUCCAGGCCCAUCUUUAUAACUGUGAAGAUGGAUGUGCUGAAUGCCUUCAAGUACCCGCUGCUGAUCGGCGUGGGCCUGUCUACAGUCAUCGGACUCCUGUCCUGCCUCAUCGGGUACUGCAGUUCCCACUGGUGCUGUAAGAAGGAGGUGCGGGAGACGCGUCGGGAGCGCCGCAGGCUCAUGUCCAUGGAGAUGGACUAAGCGGCCGCGGAGACAGGGACAGAGGAACGUUGUAGGAAUGGUGGGAGGGGUGAGAAGAGGACCAGUGAUCUUUUCAGACAAAGUGUGUUACACUAAAACCAGUCCUCUCUAAUCUCAGGUGGGACUUGGCGCUCUCUCUUUUCUGCAUGUCAAGUUCUGAGCGCGGACACGUUUACCAGCAGCACACGGCUCUUCUUCCCACGGCACUUUCUGACAUGUAACAAUCGAGUGUGUGUUUCCCCAGCUGCAGCUUUUUAAUGGUUAACCCUGGUCUCAUUAGUUUUCUCCUAGAGGCUUAUUGACCCUCUGAUUUUGUGUGUGUUGAUCACUUUUGAUUUGUGGGAUCGCGGUGAGGAAGGGUGGAGGCGUUCAGAGUUGGUCAUCAUGGGUGAGAGGGUACCUGCCCACCUGAGAGCCAGCAUCCAUCCACGAGGGACUGGCAUCUGUAGUGUGGCUACCUACUGCCCUCCACACUGGCCCGGAGCUGAUAAAGACCUGCUACAAGGCAAGCUGUGGCUUUGACUACCCUGCCCAUCCCCCAUUUUCAGGAGUUUAAACUAUAUUAGAACCUAAACUCAAGAGUCCAUGACUUCUUGAUCCACAUGCCUUUUGUGUUUUCCCUUCUUCUCUAGCAUCUUCCAUUUUCGGGUUUGUUUCUGUGAGAAUGAGGAAAUGGCAGCCCUGGAGUCUAGAAUUUGGCUUUCCACCAAGCACCUUAUCUUGCCACCUUAGCCUUAAGAAUGAGUAUGAAGAAAAAUCCACUGCCACCUCUGUCCAGGGCAGAAGGUCUGUGAACAAGAGGACUCGGGGGACAAGGAAAGGAAUAGAUGCUCUCUCUCCCUGAUAGUUCGAGGCCACUGUGCCCCCAGGGACCCAGGAGGGUAGGAGCAGAGGGCAGCUGAGCCAGGUCCCCUGUCCCUCCUGAGAGGCGCUGUCGCUGGUUGCCAUGGACCGGCACAGUGCCCCACACCCUCCCCUUGCCCCGUGAGCUCCUUCACACACAAGCAGAUUGCUGCCUGCAGUCCUGACUGACUUCAAGGAAUCAGAAAUUGCCUAGAGCAAAUGUGUGUUUUCGGUGACCUUUGCAGUCCUUGAAGUCUUCAAGAUCCCUGCAGGGGGUAGUGAAGAGGGGUAUAUUUUGUGGACAUUUGCCUUCGCAUUAGGAAUAUGAAGGGAACCCAGCAAUUUACUGUCAUGUGAGUGGCCUGUAAAAUAGGGGUGAGAGCUGCUGGCGCUGCCUGACUGGGCCCAGCAGGGAUUAGGACAUCAGCCAGACACACCUUUCAGGUCCCCAGUGCCUGCUCCAUCAGGGCCUCGGCCACUCCAAGUCUCUCACCCCAACACAGCACUGGCCUUCCACAAGCCUCCCCUGGGUGCCAAGGCUGGCAGCCAACUGGUGCCCUCACUCUUCCCUCUGGCUCCGAAGGAUUUAACACUGUUGUCUUCCAAAGGGGGGGGGGGCUCCUUUGUUUUGAGCAAUAAAGUAAUCCAAAUAGAUGGCCAUUCACAGGCAGCUCUUUGUCACUGUGAGCCGAGAUGACUGAGCUCCCUCCCCACCUCCUCCCCUGUGGCCCACGGUGGCCUGUCUUCACCACCUAGGUUCCUCUGCUGGCUGUGCCCACCUGGCAACUGUUCUGCUCCUGUGCGGAGUCUCUCAGCCAGAGGGUCCAACCCAGGUGGGUCCAGCCCAGCCAGAAGGGAGACAGCCAUUGCACCCCACACGAGCAAGAGAGGCCAGCGGAAGAGGGGAGGCCUUGGCAGAUAUGGGUGUUUCUGUAUGUUACUUCCUUCCUGCUGGUUCAGAGGUGGGGUACAGGUGACUGUACAAACAGGAAUUAGGGGAGUGGAGCCAGGUACUGUGUUAGUGACAGCCUUUGAGCCCUCCUUAGGAGGAGAGAGAGACUUAGCCUUGGGUGAGAUGGGCCCUGGGUGCACAUACAGCCACUGAUGGGUCCGAGCCGGCCCUUGAUGGGGAGACAGAGGAGUGUUCGGGCCUACCUUUCCCUUUCUCAACUGGUGUUGAGAUUUGAGCCUGAGUUGCCGAGGCGCUGGCCUUUAUCUUCUGGCCAUGCCCCCAACCCCCAAGUUGCUUAGGGCUGGGAGAUGGGCCAGAAACCCCAGGACCUAGUUCCUUUUGGGACUAUUAACAUUCUGGGACGCAAGUCUUUGUAAGUGUGGUCAAACACUCUUGAUGUACCAAAUAGGGUUCCCCCCAUGAAGUGCUCUUCCUGAGCCACACUCCGCCACCCCACCUCCCCAUUCCCCGGAAGUACUGGUAUGAGGGAAGGCUAAGCCACGCCUUGGCAGAUGAAAUUGCACUUCUUAAAUAGGAACUUUAUAGAAGGUUGGGUUUUUUCCCCUAAUGGCAAAGAUUCCCCCCCCCCCGAAAGAGCCUAAGCUACAUUCAGAUUGAAGCCUAGAAAUUACUUUAAAUUGUUUACUUUAUGAUGUUUACACACACGAUUCACUUUUUUAAAAAAUAAGAAAAAUGCAAACUCUGGCUUUUUAACAACUUUUCCGAUUUUUCAUGCAUGGGAUAUGCUGGCCCCCUGACUCACCAGCUGGAUUAAAUCCUCAUUUAGAAAUGUCCCGGUGUGUGUGUGUGUGUCUUCCCCCUCCCAGCCGCAGGGCUUCCUCCUGCCCAGACCUCUGUCUGUCUCUCUGGUGGCUUUUGCCUCCUGCUUUGCAGACCGCCUGCAGCCAUGAUUUUGUGACGGCAUCUGUGAGCCAAAGACUGCGCCUUUGGAGCAGGAACCAUAAGCAAUACUACACGACUCGCUACUUCCGGGGGAAUUUUUUUUUUUCCUUUUUUAGCUUCACCGAUGACAACAGAGGAAGAAGGGAAUUAGGGUUUAGGUAAGUUCUCCACUGUGUGACCAUAUUCUCAGUGACACACACGCGUGCAGAUCACCAGGAGAACAAGGUUGGGUUUCUUUUCUAGCGUAUAACACGAGAAUCUGCAGACUUUUCCGUAGACAAAGAGAAGGUCUUGUGUAUUUUUGUCCAUAUCCAGUGUUAUACAAACUAAUUGUGUUGUUUUAUACUGUGGCCACAAAUAUUAUGCAAUGCACCAUUUGUUUUUUUGUUUUUUAUUUCAUUAAAGGAAGUUUAAUUUAAAUUGAA